AUGGCCGCGCGGAGCCUGGCCCGGGACCUGCAGGACGAGGCCACCUGCCCCAUCUGCCUCGACCUCUUCUCCGAGCCCGUGUCCCUCGGCUGCGGCCACAACUUCUGCCGCGCCUGCGUCGACCUCAGCCGGGGCGUCGGGGACGCGCCCUUCCCGUGCCCCGAAUGUCGCGAGCCCUGCGCGCCCCGCAGCCUGCGGCCCAAUCGGCCGCUCGGGAGGGUGGCCGCCGCGCUCGGGCGCCUCGGGCCGGCGCAGGGUCGCGGGGGACCGUGCGACCUGUGCGCUGAGCACCUGGAACCGCUGAAGCUCUUCUGCAAGAACGACCAGAGACCCAUCUGCGUGGUGUGCGACCGCGCCCGGGAGCACAGAGCUCACAGCGUGGCGCCCCUGGAGGAGGCGGCGCAGACCUACCGGGAAUCGUUUCCAAAGAUCCUGGAAGAAUUGAGGAAAGAGAUGAAAAAGGCUCAGAAGCUGCAGGCUGAAGGAGUGAAAACCUCAGAAGCUUGGCAGGUGAAGGUGCAGGGGCGGAAGCAGAGGACCGUGUCCGAGUUCGAGAAGUUCCGGCAGCUGCUGGCGGAGGAGGAGCUGCGGGUCCUGCGGCAGCUGGAGGAGGAGGAGGCGGCGAUGGUGGAGGUGCUGAGGCGGGACGAGCGCGCCCUGGCGGAGCAGAGCCGCUCCGUGAAGGAGCUCGUCUCCGAGCUGGAGGGGCGCAGUGAGCGCCCGGCCUUGGGGCUGCUCCAGGGUAUAGGAGAGAUUCUGAGCAGGAUUAAGCAUCUGGAGCUUCAGACCCCAAAGGCCAUUUCCAUGGAGCUGAGGACUAUGUGCAAAGUCCCAGGGCUGUUGGAGACACUGCGGAAAUUCCAGGUGGUGGUGACCCUGGACCCUGAGAGCGUGCACCCCCGCCUCACCCUGUCCGAGGACCGGAGGACCGUGUUGCAGGCCCAGCCCUGGAACGGCCAGCCUGGGGCGGGGGAGCUGUUUGGGGGCUUUCCAAGUGUGCUGGGCUCCGAGCGCCUGUCUGCUGGCAGGCACUAUUGGGAGGUGGAGGUGAGAGACAGAGGAAGCUGGCUCCUUGGGGUGUGUAAAGAGGACGCCGACAGGAAGGACUCUCCCACCUGGACCCCCGAGCACGGGUUCUGGAGCAAGGGGGACCUUUUUCCCGCAGGUGUCUUCAGCCCCCAGAAAACGCUCCACCCCCGGGUUGGGGUUUUCCUAGACUAUGAGGCUGGGGAGCUUUCUUUCUACAACGUGAAUGAAGAGGCCCACAUCUUCACCUUCCCUCGGGCUGUCUUCUCCGGGCCCCUGCGGCCCAUCUUCAUCACACCGUCCUGGUGUCAGACCCGUCUGACCAUCUGUCCAACGCCAGGAAACGGCACCAAGGACGCCCCCUCUGCUGAUGGAGGGAAGCCUUUGGAGGCGUCUCUGAGGGGCUCGUCAAAGCCCCCUCUGUUUGUGUUUGGAAAUGUCCCUGCCUCAGAUCCCAGUCUCCCUCCACAGCGGAACAUCUGAGCUCAGAGCAACCUAAGAAGGAGGAGGCGCAUGCUAGAGGAAGCAUUUCGGGGCUCUGACCAGCUGUGUCUCCCCGCACAGCAGAUUGCUAAUCCUUCACAGCUGUUCACUCCGGAUAACUCCAUUUCUUGUCUUUUCUGGCACUUCUACUCUGAGUUGCGGGAGCGCUGUGGACUCACAUAUUGGGGUGUGCACGAGCCUUCCCCCAUCACGGGUGUUACUGGGCGGCUGAGGUGGGCGUCCCGAGUGGGUGGGCUCGAGGUGGGUGGGACAGGCGGACGAUGAGCCCCGGUGUCGCGGUAACGCCCACAGCGUUAAUGCAGUCUCAGUGCAGAGAACAGGAAUGAGCCGCCACACAAUGCAGCGGCCAGGGCCCUGCUGGAGGGCAUCAUUCCUUUCUGUGCCCCACAUUCCCAGAGGAACAUGGAAAAUGGAGGGUUUCUCACAGGAAGGUGACCAGAGGAGUGAGGAACGGCUGCGGAUGUGGGCUGUUUAACUAGGAGAAGAGAAGGCUUGGGGGUGAGAGGACGGGACUUGUUAGCCAUCUUCAGGUGCUGGAAGGACUGAGCUGCCCCAGCCCUGGAGGGCAGGAUCCUUACCUGUCAGUGAUAUUACGGGGCGUGAAUGGCAUGAGGCUCCUCAGGCCCAAUGCGCCUUUUCCUAAUAAAGAGAUCCUGUCCCCUUUUCUAUCAGAAGUGAAAAUCAUGGAUAAAUCCUCCCCACAAACAUAAUUAAAAAAUCAUUGCGAGCACUGCCCACAAUAUAAAGAAGAAAUAACAAGAAGAGUUCUGUAAUAGUGUUUCCCCGUCCGCGUGCUCGGGCACAGCCAUACCGGGAGGCGUACUAGGAGGAAGCAGAAGUGAACUCCCGCCUGUGAGAAUGACGGAACCAGAACUGUGAACUGUGUGUGUGAACUGUAGCCACAAAGGUGGCUGAGGACGGAGGCACCGAGGAUGCAGAUGCCCCAGGCAGCGCUGCCUUCCCUGAGGUGCUUUUCUGAAAUGAUGGAUAAUUCUUGGUCACAUUCCAAACUAAACAGAACACAGUUUUUCCUCAAUUAACCAGUAAUUGCAUUCCUUGAAAAAGCCACAAAAAACAUUCUGUGGUUGUAUAUGUGAAACAGUAGGGGCGCAGAUCUUUCUAAGCAGGGUUCUGACCUAAAUGGAUGUCAGGAAGAAGUCUGCUGUGUAGCGCUGUCUUGCUCAUUGUAGAGUCCGUUGCUGGCUGCAGCUCACUCGGUGCCCCACAGUGACUGUGACAGCAGCAUACCCUUACGAGUUUUCACAACCUCCUUCACUGAAAACCCCGGGGUUGCGAUGACCUCUUAAGAAUCCUCUCUCAGGUAUGAACAACUGUAUUUUUAAAUACAGUGUACACUUCAGGUAGCAGAAGGGAACCCUACAGUUGGAAGAGACCUUAAAGGGAUCCAUGCCUUCGCCUCUGUGCAGUAAAAGCUUUUCUUACCUCGCCCAAAGAAAGGUGUGGUCCAUUGCCCCUGGCUCCCGGGAGGUAACCUUUAAGCCCUUGGAAUAUGUUGCCUGUUAAGAGUAUCUUUGUUUACCUGGGGGCCUUGGGCCAUGCCAGAUAGUCUAUAUUAACAAUGUGAUUUAUGUGGGAGACUUGGGCCAAAUGAUAUCAGUUGACAUCUGGAGUGACCGUGUGGGUAUCUGAACUCCAGUAAACCCUCUGGGCACCAAAGCUUGAGUGAGCUUCCAUUGUUGACAAUACUCCAUGCAUGUUGUCACAUGAAAGAAGUAAGUGCUGUCUGUAUACCACCACUGGGAGAGAACAACUGGAAGCUCACGCCUGGACUCUCCUGGGCCCUGCCCUGUGCUCCUUUUACCUUUGCUGAUUUCAGUCUGUGUCCUUUCUCUGUAAUAAACCAUAACCAUGAUUAUAACUUUUUGCCAAGUUCUAGUGAAUCAUUGGACCUGAGGGUGGUCUUGGGGACCCU